AUGUCGUCGCUGCUUGCCAUCACCAACGACGGCGCUGCCGAGGUCGGGGCGUUUUUCUAUGCCCUGGCUGUGGUUGGCACUGUGGCCGCGGUGACCACGUCGUUUGUGUCAAUAUCCCUUCAUCUGAAGCACUACCGUCGGCCCGACCUGCAGCGACUCGUCAUCCGCAUCAUGUUUAUGGUCCCGCUGUACGCCGUCACCUCGCUUGCGUCGCUGACAUCACGCUACUUGGCCGAGUACGUGGAUCUGUUUCGGGAUGUCUACGAGGCAUUUGUGGUCUACACAUUCUUCAUCCUGAUGAUCAACUACCUCGGCGGCGAGCGCGAACUACUCACGAUGCUCCAGGACCGGAUGACAACGCACCACCUGUGGCCGCUGCAUUAUUUCCUCUCUCCUAUCGAUCUGAGCGACCCCAAGGUCUUUUUGAUUGUACGCCGCGGUGUCCUCCAGUUUGUGGUCCUGAAGCCCAUCCUGGCCGUCUUCAUUUUGAUCAUGAAGCUCAUGGGCUUCUAUCACGAGGGACUGAUCCGUUUCGACAGCGCAUACGUCUAUGUGUCACUGUUCUACAACGUCAGUGUUUGCGUUGCCAUGUACUGCCUCGUGAUAUUUUACCUGCAGUGCUCCAAGGAUCUGGAGGCGUACCGGCCUCUGCCCAAGUUUAUUUGCGUCAAGGCCAUCAUCUUCUUCUCCUUCUGGCAGGGCUUUAUUGUGGCCGUCCUGGUCGGGUUCGAUAUCAUUCAUGACAAGGGCGAUUACCCCGCCCAGGCCAUUGCAGUCGCAAUCCAGGACGGGUUGAUAUGCAUCGAGUCGGUGAUCUUUGCCAUCGGCCAUGCCUAUGCAUAUCCGUGGACAGACUAUGGAACUUCCCACCGGCUUGCCUCGCGCGUUGUGGUCAUUUACGCCCUCAAGGAUGUUCUCGGCACACGAGAUAUCAUCCAAGACAUCAUCCAAACCUUCAGUGGC